CUGCGGUGAGAUGCUCGGAAGAGCGGCAGCGCGCUCACCGACAGGGUCGAUCUCGCCCUCGAAGCGACCCCGGCUCUUCCACGGAUCUGGCUCUGGCCCAGCCUCUGCUGUGCUCUCUGAGGAUGCCAGCGUGCUCGAUGUGGUCGCGUCGGACAUCAGAGUCGUUUCAGACUGCUCGUCGGCGUUUCCUGGCGCCGUGCUCGUCCUGCAGCUCUUGGCCUGGUCUGCCCGCGCGUCGCCAGCGCAUAUUAGCAAUGCAAGCGCUGCGACAUCCAGCCGAGCACACGCGGCGACCACAGCGUCUCAAGCGUCGUUGUUGGCCCAGAAUGCCCGCCAAUUUCGAGCCGCAUUUCGCGCGUUUCUGUUUCGGAACGAUCAUCAUUCUCAGCACCACCCGAGCGAGGCUGAGCCCGCGGGUGAGAGUAUCGCGGGCGAGCACGUCAUUCCAGGGAUUUCCCGCCACGGCCUUUUCGCGACGAGUGCCGAUGAAGCGACCAACCCUGCAGCAGAAGCGCCAAAGUUUCGAAUGACGAGUUCGGCUUCCCACGAGCUCGAGCUGACCGAUCCCGCGGAUGCAUCUGUGACAUGUAGCUUGCUGGAUGCUCGCACUGUUGCUGACACCUACUCUGGCAUGAUGGUGACGCAUGCACUCUUCCAGCUGUGCAACGAACUAUUGGUCAUGACGAUCGAGCAACAAGGCUCCUUUUCUCCUAGUUGUGGUGGUGGGCUUCGAAUUACACCCUUAGCCACACUGUCGAGAUUCGAGCUUGAACUAUGGCCAGAUGCGUCUGGGGUUGCUCCGCUCGGCGGGCAUUUCAUGCUGCUCGAUGGACCACACUUUCUCUGGGCGACGAAAAGCGAUUUGGUGUUGUUCAGCAGUCCCAGCGCUCAGCAAGCAAUCCGUGAAGACCUUGCAGGCGACAGCGACGCUAUGGAAGCACCAAUUCAUGUCCUACCGCUUGAGCUCUCCGAGGAAGAAAGCCAAUGGAGUGCAAGCGUUCACCCGUUGGAACCUGAAUCCGUGUCUGUUUGGAUUGGCAGCGUAACUCCCGGUCUAUUUAUGAGGGACAGCGUGACACUGUCGAGUCCAUGUUCAUUGCCAGUGGCACUCGUGGCCUCCAAAAGUCCAAACGACCCCACUCAAUGGAUUGUGCGCCUCCAGUAUCUCGUUUCUACUCCUUUUGGCCUGGAUGAAACCUGGUUGAGCCAAUGCACGCUGUUAUACGAGUCUUUUCUUCCGCCACAAUACGCCAGCAUUGUCAGCUGUUGUUUUAUUGCACCACCCCGCAUCGAUUCGCAUGGCCGACUGUCGCUGGUCGGGCUCGUAGGAACGAUUGCGGAGCAGGUCAUUCUCGUGUGUGACGGAGUUCCUGUGUGCGCCGUCGGAGUCUCGGGCAUCCCCAGCUCAAUCUGUCCAGUUCAGUUGCCAACCGUGAGCCUUGGAAACGGCGGCUGUGUUCGGCCGUGCACAACAGGCUCUGCCCAUUCCCUUGAGAUUUGCGCAGGAGUUGUGCUCUCCAAUGAGGCUGGGAGUGCUGUCUCUGCCAUCUCCCUCAGUCGGGACGGCAGACUGCAGAGCACCCAGCUCAACAGCUCGCUCAUGCAUGGUGCAGUCACUCUUCCAGCCGUUUGUCACUGCGACGAAGCCCGGUCAAGCGACGCGGGUAUGCUCGUGUUGGUCGAGUUUCCGCAGCUCCCCACUCACGUCGCCGAUGUCUCUUCUGGCGGAGAGACUACGCCAACGGUGCCCCGUGUUGCAAUUUCGCCGGUUCCGCGGGCUCUGCUUCCCAGACUUCGGGCUGGUGGAGGAGCAGACAACUUCAAUGACGAGGAGAACUUGUUUGCGAUCGCAGAUCCGGGUGCACACGAUUUUGGAGCUGCUAAAGACCGCACAUGUCAAGGCGACCGUGCUCUGAGCGAAACCUUUAGCAGUGAGGACCAGCAGCGGGCCCUGGACCGCGUGCUUCGCAUCCUACGUUCACGAAUUAGCUGCGGCUGGGAGCAAAUCCGCUCUCUCGACGUCAUGGAUGCCUUCAAAGCCGAGCGCGAGCGACAAGCACUUGCGAGCCUUGCUGCAUUGAGCGUUGCGCACGAACGAGAGCUCCGCUUCAGAGUGGGCUUGCUCGCGGAUUCAGCUUCUUUGUCAGUGUGCCUGCCGUCUCCUGCCGUGCAGAACAACCAUCGUCCAAGUAUGACUUCCGGUUUAUCAACGAUCGUGGGAAAACCUGCAGCGGCAGAGUCGCAGGCUCAGGCAGCAUCCGAGAUUGCCGUGACGCAGGUGGCGCUGGAUCAGCUCGACUAUUGUGUCCUUGGUGGUCGGUUGAUCGUCGUUCGAUGCAUUCUUGAGAAUUCUGGUCUAUAUCCUCUCUUUGACUUGCGGCUCGUGCUGCAAGCCGCCAAUCCAAACCAGCUGGACGCGUCGCCGUCUUGGUCUGCAACGCAUUCUCGACUCGAGCCUGGCGCUCGUGCGUGCAUUAUUGCAGCGUACUACCUGGACGCCCCGCCGUGUGCGACGACGCUGGCACAGCCCGUGCUUGCUGCUUGGCGCUUUGCUCCAAUCGACGAAAGAAUGGACGGAGCCAGCUUUUCGGAACAACUCACACAGUUUUCAGACCGGUUCCAAGCGUUGGGGGAGCACACGCUGCACAUUCGUGCACGCACAUCCGCCAACCCGUUGCAAAGCACACACAGCGAGCUUCCUGCUUGGAGCGAGUGGCCCAACAUUUGUACCUCUGUCACGGCAGUCGAAUUGCGGACCAAACCCGAAUGGUCUCAGCCUCUGGAGCGAAUAGUCACCCGAAUCUUGGCCUCUUUGGGGCUCGUUCCAAUGCACUCAAGUGCUUCUUCUUCCAGCCUUGACACUUUGCCCUCAACGCAGCCGGCUUCGUUGCUGUUUACAUCCAUCCGCCAGCUCGAUUCGGACGUGUCCCGUUUUGCUUUUGUAACAAUGCGCGCCUCAUCCACCCCUGGAGUGAGCUGUCGGCUGGAAAUUGCCGCGCACCAGCCAGCUUACGGCCGACAGCUUGUCGCUGCAUUGAGCUCGGCGUGUCCGUCUGGCAUGAGUUGCAAGCCAUGCAGUGCCACCAAUCCAGCCGCGUCGGACCAACUUGCGCAGGCUCUCCACGCCCGACUGCUCGCAGAAUUAUCUGAUGCUGGAGAUCCAAAGGGCCACCGCGUUGGACUGGAUGCCAACGGGACGAGCGCUGCUUGGACAGAGUGUCUGCUUGCACAACUGGCGACCGAUCAACUCGCCAGUAGCCUGUUUGACGAGCUACAGUCAUAGCUCGUGCUCGAUUGUACUUGUUGGAUGAUGCGAUUGUACCAUUAGAAUAAUACCAAAAUCAUCAUCUUGUUCUGGGC